AUGCCGGCAAUAGUGCCGCCGGUCGAUGACGACCUGGACAAGAACACCCCCACGGAUUUGGUGGACAGUGAGCAGGAUGCUGAAGGGGAGGAGGACACAGAUCUCUAUCAGAUGGACCAACAGUUACAGGACGCUGUGCACCGCGCCCUUUCGGGCGAGCCCGUUGAGGACACUCCGGCCGCUGGCCCUGACGAAGAACUGGAUGCUGAAGGCGAAACCGAUCCUGAGAUGGACGUGAACGGCACUCCGCUUGAUGCUGAGCCGGUUGGCGCCGUGAAAUUUCCCAAGCAAGCGCCGGCCGAGGAUGACGAAGAUGUGGUUUCGGGCCCAGCAGAUGCAGAGGCAGAGGAAGACCCUGCUUCUGAGCAUCGCAGCGACAGCGAGCAAGAACAAGAAGACGCAUCGGGUUCGUCGUCAAGCAGUCAGGAAUCGGACGAUGAAUGGGAAGGAGAGAGCAAUGACCAUGAGGAUGCGGAGGCGGAGAACACGGUCCGCGGCAACUGCAUAUUCUGUGGCCAGGACGAAGACAACGAUCCUAGUGAAGAGUAUGAGGAUUAUUUGACUUGCGGGGUCUGUGGCGAUCAUUCUCACCGGCAAUGCGCCCGGGAACAGAGUGCGUUAGACGACGCGGAAGGACCCAGUUCAUGGCGAUGUCCCACCUGCGUCCGGGAGAAGCUGAGGUCCAGCCCCAGGGAGAGCGCACCGGUGCAACGUAAGGGUCGAGCUAAGAACAUGCGCAAAGAACUGCUGCCAGCUCAUACUGGCGAAGAUGGCUCUGACUUUCAUUCGAUCUUCAACACAGUAACAGUCAACGAUGAACUCCUAAACAGCUCUCGAUCGCUACGAAAGAGGAAAGCCCUUUCGGCGUCAGUGGAGGUUGAUGAGCAUGCGCCUGUCCUACGUAAAAGGCAAAGGCAGACUUCAAUGCGCUCCGAUCGGGCAAUAUCCCGCGACAUGGGCGAAGUUGUUGAUGGCAUGUCUCCAGUUCGAACGCGCUCUCGACGUACACGUAAGAGUGGACAGGAAAGUUGCCGCGUCGUGCUGAAGCAAUAUGGGCGCCUUGUCCUAGCAUUUCGCUUAGAUGAGUCUAGGUUGUCCAAAAUCUUUAAUCCUCGCAGCAGAUCUCAAACGCGCAACCACCGGACUCCCAAGCCACCCCCACCUAUUCCCGAGCCUCAAGCUCAUUUUGCUCCUAUAACGCCUGCCUCCUACUACACCCCGUUUUACUCUUUCAACGACCGCGAGAUGGAUGAGUCGAAGUCUAAACCUUACGGAGGUAUUCUUUCCGAAGUUGACGCGGAUACUUCAAAGACGUUGCCGACCAACCUGGAUCGGGACAAAUUUGAAAUAGCCCGUCACAAGGCCGAGGAGGAAUGGCAACGAAGAGUCAUGCAAACCGAAACCAGCGGUGAAACCGUACAGCAUGCGUCACAGAAGGUCUCAGGUCCUCCGUCUAGGAUCAAGUACAUUAAUUUCGGGGGCUAUGAGAUUGAGACCUGGUACGCCGCUCCCUACCCGGAAGAGUAUAGCCGCAACCGAGUCCUUUACAUUUGCGAAUUCUGCCUGAAGUAUAUGAACUCCGACUACGUCGCGUGGCGGCAUAAACUCAAAUGCCCGGCGAAGCACCCUCCUGGCGACGAAAUCUACCGGGAAGGGUCAAUAUCAAUAUUCGAGGUAGAUGGACGGAAGAAUCCGGUCUACUGCCAGAACCUCUGCUUGCUUGCAAAGCUGUUCCUGGGUUCGAAAACUCUUUACUAUGAUGUUGAGCCUUUCCUCUUCUAUGUCAUGACCGAGUACGACGACCUGGGAUGCCAUUUCGUUGGGUACUUCAGCAAGGAGAAGCGCCCAAGCUCGGCGAAUAAUGUCUCGUGCAUUCUGACGUUACCUAUUCAUCAGCGGAAAGGUUAUGGAAACCUACUUAUUGACUUUUCUUACCUGCUCACACGCAUUGAAGGAAAGACAGGGUCGCCGGAGAAGCCUCUGUCGGAUAUGGGGUUGGUCUCCUACAGGAACUACUGGCGGCUCAUCUUAUCCUACCUACUACGAAGCCAAAAGACCCCUCUCAGCAUCGCGGAGAUCUCGGAACGAACAGGCAUGACAGCCGAUGACAUUGUGUCAGGUCUGGAAGCAUUACGUGCUCUUGUGAGGGAUCCUGUGACCAAGACUUACGCUUUGCGCCUUGACUACAAAUACUUCGAGGAGUGCAUUCAAAGCUGGGAGAGCAAGGGAUAUGUUCAGCUCAAUCCAGACGCGCUCGUGUGGACACCGUACAUCAUGGGCCGAAGCAAUCAGUCACAAUUCGAUCGAGCCCCAAUGCAUGCAGUGGCGCCCCGCGAAGGGUUAGACGAAGAAAGCGAGGAUGUCAAAGAAUCAGGUGACGAGGAAGAGCAGCCACUAUCCACUGAUAUCGACCUGUCGAAGGAAGACAGCACAGUUCCUCCAGUCAUGAAUGGGAUUAUUGACCCAGAACCAAAGCAGAUUCCGCACGAGCCGGCGGGACCUCCUUCUACAGAUGCACUGAUCCACAACAAUGGCUUCCGCCCGCCACCCACCACAUCCGCAGACUCCAAUACCGCGUCUGAGACCAAUCCCACUAAUGACAUACCCGCGUGGAGAUUCGAGAUUUGGCCACCGGUUCAGGCUCCAUCCUACAAAAAGCGCCCUGGCCGACCGUGGGGAAGUCGGACGAACCUCAAGACGGCGUCGACCCCGACUACCGUUCGUACUAGCGGUCGCAACACUCCUCGCAGAUCAUCAGUGCUGGCAUCCAUGACUCCCAGUGCGAAUCAGAUGAGCGUCCGCCGCGGCCGGAGUGCUAAGCUCAUGGAGUCCCCCGCUGCUGAUCCAGGCAGCGUGGAGCCAAACGGCACUGAGAAUGAACGAGGCAAGGACAUCGAGAACAUGACAGCCGGCCACUUGGAAGAGAUGUCACCGACCGCGAUGCCGUUGGAGACUGAGAACCAAAUGGACCGCACUGAUGGUGACGAUGCAACGCCUACAUUGAACGGCAGCGGGGAAUCUCAGAAUAAUGCGGACAACGAAAGCGUCGAAAACCCCAAACUCGAAGCCCUUGCGACGGUCAAUGGUAAAAGCACCGAAAAGAAAACCAAAGUCACCAAAUCGGUGAAUCGGAAAUCGUUGGUUGAGCAGCUUGAAAUGGUCAUUCCUGCCGACGAUGAGAGUGUCAAAGUUCAUGAGAACGGCGUGCCAGAGCAAGCAGUAGCCAACGGAGUUGAUGCAGAUGGUGAUGUCGUGAUGGAGUAA